AUGACAAGUAUAGACACACCUAGCAACGGCCUAUCCCUCCGCUUUGAGGCGGAGGAGCUAGACACAAACGACAAAUUCCAGUUGAACCGCAAACAACGUCGUGACCUCGGCCACCUCAUAAUUACAACUUCAGAGACAGAGCGCCCGAUUACUCUAUUUUGCAAUGGUCUCACCGUUGUUGGUAGGGGGCGAAACACUGUCCUACAGGCAUUACGAUCUGGACUUUUCGAACUCGUGCAAUCUGGCAAGGAAGAUGCAGGUGUUAUCGUGCUGCCAUCUUUCACGUCACCUAAGAAAGGCCAGUACAACAUACUCUCAACGUCAUUCCCACAGUAUCGGGAAGUAUCGAUUAGUGUGUUGACAGAAACAACACAUGUUUUGUGGAGAGAGGUCUUGCAGCCCGGGCGUACGUACGGUUUACGGCUGGCUGAGAAAGCUGGCGAAGUGUUCGCGUGUUAUACCGAUGGAUUGGAAGGCGGAGCUGAGGUCUCUCCAUCAGCGCAGAAGCUGCCCGUUCAUCGUGAGGGAGGGGGCACAUACUACUUCACCGUCCACGACGACCCGGCGCCUCCCAAACUUUUCGCCAGACUGGAGAUGCCCAGCAAAGCUUACCUCAACGGUCCAGAUCCCUUCACCCUCAUCAUCGAAUACACAACCGACAGCGACGAGCCCUUCGUGUUCGAUAAAUCACGCUCUCCACUUUCAGUCACCACACUAUGCACCGGAGCAAACCUGCACUGCAUCGACCAACUGAUUGAUUGCCGAGACAACGAUACCGGGGAGAAAGUUGAAUGGGGUGCCGUCUUCGUCUGCUACGAUUACGAUCCCCAUCCGGUAUUUCCGGACGAUGGUGACUAUGUCGAGAUCUCAGCGAAUAGACCGUGGCGGUUCGAGUGUACUUUGGAAGAACUCGGCAACGAGAAAGAAUAUGUUCGCAGUAUGGAAGGGCUUAAGGCUGAUCGUACGUAUAAGGCUCAAGUUGGUGGGCCUUCGGGCUUUAGACGGUGGCAGUACGGAAAGAAAGGGGAUUUGUUGGCUGGGACGCGAGAAGAAAAGAUGAAGAGGUGGGAGGUAGAUAUGGAGAGGUUGGGGUAUUUGGACGUGGAAAAGAUUGAGGAGGACCUCUACUUUGAGACUGUUGCAUGA